GUAGUAAGUGGUUUUCCUCAAUCUCCUGAAUUGAGUGCUGCUGUUGCUGCUGCAGGAGCUGUUGACAUGCAGAUCGAAAAUGCGCUAAAUAAAUCACAAGGAAGGAAAAGAUGCCACGGGACAAUGUCGGCGCCACAAAUACGCGUCACUGUGCUUGGAACGGAAUCGGAACCGGCCCCACAACAGAUUAUAGCCGAAAGUGAUCGUGCUUUGCCAAUUCAUGAAAUUGCUUGCCAUUCGAAGCAGGUCAUGAACUCACUGUAG